AUACGGUCGUUUCGGCAGUGCCAUGUGCUAUGCAAAUGUCCCGGGACCUAUCAAGAGCUUAAGAGACCAUAUCCCAAUCGUGUUGAUAGUGGCGCAUCACCAAUCCUAUUCCAGUGACGCUCAAGGCUGCCAAUGCCCGGACAUGACUCUUUCACCAUAGCGAACUGAACUCUGAAGUCCGAUGAUAGCAUACCACGAUCCUGCGUAGGAGUAUUGGGAAUCUAGAAGCAUGAGUGGAUAGAAUACCCUAUUUACCGGAUCCUAGGCUAAGGCACUAAACGGCGCCUUGAGAAGCCACGAUGUAGGGGCCAAAGAGUAGGAAAAUAAUCAGAACAGAUGUACGAUAUAUGAAAAAGGUACCAGGCUUACUAUGUCAAUCAUAUGAUCACCCAGUUCCAUCAGCACCUAAAUCAUCACAUCUUACGCCUGUCUUCAACGAUCGGUAUGACACGCAGUAGCAACAACGAUGGUGUGUACAUUACUGGCCUAGGCCACCAGUACCCCGAGCAUGCAAUCAGGCAGGAGGAUUUUGAGGGAUUCCUUCAGCGUCUAUAUCCUGAGCACGUCUCUUCACCAGCUGUGCAAAAGCUUAUUGGCUUCAACACAAAGACACAAAUAUCUUCCCGUCCAACAGUCUUUGAUCACACCAAAUGGACCCAAAAAGACGCCACGCCACCAACUCUCGGCUCGAUAUCUCAUGACUUUCGUACCGUAGGCGUCACUCUCGCCGCGUCUGCAUGUAAAAAGGCCAUACAGGAAGCCAGACUCGAGUCACAUGAGAUUACACACAUUGUUGCCGUGACAUGCACCAACUCUGAUAACCCAGGCUACGACCUCUUUGUGUGCGAGAAACUUGGCCUGGGGCCAGACGUCCAGCGGGUUCUCGUACAGGGCGUGGGCUGCGCAGGAGGUUUGUCGGCAUUGCGAGCAGCAGCUGACAUUGCAGCCGCUGCAUCGCUCAAGAGGCGAAAGGCGCGAGUCCUUGUUAUCGCAUGCGAAAUUUGUAGUCUCUUCUUUCGGGCAGAGAUACAAAACAUCUUGCAAGGGGGGGAUGAGACGCUGCGCAUAGCACCCGCAUUAUUCUCUGAUGGUGCUGCCGCACUGGUAGUGUGCAACGAGCUUGCAUUGGCUCCAUCUCAAGCCCCUGUUUACCAAUUGAGGGAAUGGGCAAGUAUGGUGGCGCCGGGGACGUCUAGCUUCAUGUCAUAUAAUUUUGGGAAAAACGGCUUGAUAGCUACCAUUACGAAAGAUGUUCCCAAAGCAGCAAUCAGUGCUAUCGCACCGAUUUUCCAACAACUCUGCAACACAUCCAACGGCGCUAUUAGUAAUAGAGUACCGUUGCCCCAGAUGCCAGCAGACUUUGAUUGGGCAAUUCAUCCCGGGGGUGCUGCCAUAUUGCACGGCGCGAAAGACUCUCUCGGUCUUACUAACGACCACAUCAGAGCCUCACUCGACGUCUACAAGCGCUAUGGCAACUCUUCGAGCGCAUCCGUACUCGUCGUACUCGACAACAUGAGACACCUGGGUCCGGGUAGAGACGACGUGGCUGCUGUUAGCUUUGGGCCAGGGUUGACAGUGGAAAUGUGCAUGAUGACGCGAUGCCGCAGCUCAAAUCUCCGUAUGUCAGUUCAUCGACGUCAGAGAGCGUCUUCGUUUUGGGCAGCGCUGCAAUCGAGAUUUUCGAGGAAGGAUGCAAUACAUCAUCGGGGAUGAUGGAAAAUGUAAGUUAGUUGUUCAUACUGUGGAAUUAUGUAUCCCUAGUUGGAUGUUGUAUAUAUCGCUAUUUUCCAACAAACAAAAGUAACAUGGCAAACGAAUCGGCAAUCACGAC